AACCAAACUCCUUCUUACCUCAGGAAACAACACCCUAACAUUUCCUCUGCAUUCUCUAAUUCUCUUUCUCUUCCAUCAAAUACUAUAAUACAUACAUCACCAUCACCAUGGAACCCACCAACAAUGCUUCCUUUUGCCUCCACACUGACGCUGACCCCCUCAAUUGGGGCCUUGCGGCCGAGGCCAUGAAGGGGAGCCACCUCCACGAGGUCAAGCGCAUGCUCGCCGACUACCGGAACCCGCUGGUGCGCCUCGGCGGGGAGACCCUCACCAUCGCUCAGGUGGCGGCGGUGGCUGCACACGACAGCGGAGUGGCGGUGGAGCUGUCGGAGUCCGCGAGGGAGGGCGUUAAGGCGAGCAGCCAGUGGGUGAUGAACAGCAUGAACAACGGGACCGACAGUUACGGCGUCACAACUGGGUUUGGUGCCACGUCACACCGCCGAACCAAACAAGGUGGUGCUUUGCAGAAGGAACUCAUCAGGUUUUUGAACGCUGGAAUAUUUGGAAAUGGAACUGAAUCAAGCCACACGUUGCCACACACUGCAACCAGAGCAGCCAUGUUAGUGAGAAUCAACACUCUUCUUCAGGGGUACUCAGGCAUUAGAUUCGAAAUCUUAGAAGCCAUCACGAAGCUCCUUAACAACAACGUUACCCCAUGUUUGCCUCUUCGUGGCACAAUCACGGCUUCUGGAGAUCUUGUUCCACUAUCUUACAUUGCUGGCUUGCUAACUGGCCGACCUAACUCCAAAGCUGUUGGACCUUCUGGAGAAGUACUCAACGCUAAGGAGGCUUUUCAAUUGGCUAACAUCAAUUCUGACUUCUUUGAGUUGCAACCCAAGGAAGGCCUUGCCCUUGUGAAUGGCACAGCUGUGGGUUCUGGCUUAGCUUCCAUGGUUCUCUUUGAGGCAAAUAUACUAGCUGUCUUGUCUGAAGUUCUAUCAGCUAUUUUUGCUGAAGUGAUGCAAGGGAAACCUGAAUUCACUGACCAUUUGACACACAAGUUAAAGCACCACCCUGGUCAAAUUGAGGCUGCUGCUAUUAUGGAGCACAUUUUGGAUGGAAGUUCCUACAUGAAAGCUGCUAAGAAGUUGCAUGAGAUAGACCCCUUGCAAAAGCCAAAGCAAGAUAGAUAUGCCCUUAGAACUUCUCCACAGUGGCUCGGCCCUCUCAUUGAAGUGAUUCGUUUCUCAACCAAGUCAAUUGAGAGAGAGAUUAACUCUGUGAACGACAACCCUCUGAUUGAUGUUUCAAGGAACAAGGCAUUGCAUGGUGGUAAUUUCCAAGGAACCCCUAUUGGAGUCUCUAUGGACAACACGCGUUUGGCUCUUGCAUCUAUUGGCAAACUCAUGUUUGCUCAAUUCUCUGAGCUUGUCAAUGAUUUUUACAACAAUGGGUUGCCUUCAAAUCUCACCGCUAGUAGAAAUCCUAGCUUGGAUUACGGUUUCAAGGGAGCUGAAAUUGCCAUGGCUUCUUACUGCUCUGAACUCCAAUAUCUUGCAAAUCCAGUAACAAGCCAUGUCCAAAGUGCCGAGCAACACAACCAAGAUGUGAACUCUUUGGGUUUGAUUUCAUCUAGGAAGACAAAUGAAUCUAUCGAGAUCCUUAAGCUCAUGUCUUCCACAUUCUUGAUUGCCCUUUGCCAAGCAAUUGACUUGAGGCAUUUGGAGGAGAAUUUGAAAAACUCGGUCAAGAGCACUGUGAGCCUAGUUUCCAAGAGGACUCUCACCACAGGUGUGAAUGGAGAACUCCAUCCUUCAAGAUUUUGUGAGAAAGAUUUGCUAAAAGUGGUUGAUAGGGAGUAUGUAUUUUCCUAUAUUGAUGAUCCCUGCAGUGCUACUUAUCCAUUGAUGCAAAAACUGAGGCAAGUGCUUGUAGAUCAUGCAUUGGUAAAUGCAGAGAAUGAGAAGGAUGCGAACACAUCAAUCUUUCAAAAGAUUUCAACCUUUGAGGAGGAGUUGAAGGCUCUCUUGCCAAAGGAGGUUGAAAGUGCAAGAGCUGCUUAUGAGAGUGGAAAGGCUGCAAUUCCAAACAAGAUCAAAGAAUGCAGAUCUUACCCACUGUACAAGUUUGUGAGAGAGGAGUUAGGAACUGGGUUGCUAACUGGAGAAAAGGUGAGGUCACCAGGUGAAGAGUGUGACAAAUUAUUCACAGCAAUGUGCCAGGGUAAAAUUAUUGAUCCUCUUCUGGAAUGCCUCGGGGAAUGGAAUGGAGCUCCUCUUCCAAUCUGUUAAUUUUACUGUCACUUUUAAAAAUAUGUUCUUUGUACCUAUGCAAGUGCCACGAUAAUCGUUUGGUUUGUCAAGCCUUUUAGCAAAUCAAUAUGAAAAGCCUUAUUUCGAUGUUUCCUGAUGUCAAAUACGACCUUUGGAAUUUAAUAUUAUAAUGGAAUUUCAGUUGUUUGCCCGA